GAAAUGUAGAGCAUAGUUCACACAUCAGUGACUGUUUGCCAUAUGUGUAUAUCUCAAUAAACGGUAAUCCUUUUAUUUUCUUCGUGUCCAUAUUUUCGUCAUUAAAAAUGCACAGAGUGCAGGUUUUGUCGGGACAUCUGUCGUCAAAUAAACGCGUUGGAAUGAGGCAGUGCAGCGCAUCAGCUGCUGAUCCAAAUGAUAUCGUUGUGGUUCAUGGGCUCCGAACAGCCAUCGGCCGGGCGAAGAGAGGAUCUUUUAAGGACACUACCCCAGAUGAGCUGCUCAGUGCAGUGAUGAGUGCAGUUCUUAAGGAUGUGGGACUGCUACCCUCUUUACUAGGGGAUGUUUGUGUUGGUAAUGUUCUACAACCAGGGGCAGGUGCACUUAUGGCUCGAAUCGGACAAUUUUUAAGUGGCUUCCCAGAGUCUGUACCGGUCUACACUGUAAACAGGCAGUGCUCUUCUGGACUACAAGCUCUUUUUAAUGUUGCGGGUGGAAUCAGAGGAGGUUCAUAUGACCUGGGACUUGCCUGUGGUGUGGAGAGCAUGUCCCUUCGUUCGCCAGGGGACCCAGGAGACAUCAGCCCCCGACUGAUGGACAAUGAGAAAGCCAGUGACUGCAUCAUUCCCAUGGGAAUAACCUCAGAGAAUGUUGCCGAGAGGUAUGGCAUCACUAGAGAAAAACAGGACAGCUUUGCACUCAGUUCCCAACAAAAGGCAGCCAUGGCGCAGAAAAAGGGCUUAUUUGAUCAAGAGAUCACACCAGUCACUACUAAAUUUGUGGAAGAAAAUGGCACUGAGCGCAGGAUUACUGUCACAAAGGAUGAUGGGAUCCGGCCUGGGACUACCUUAGGAGGCCUUGCCAAACUGCGACCAGCAUUCAAGGAAACCGGCAGCACCACAGCUGGUAAUGCCAGUCAGGUGAGUGACGGUGCUGCGGCAGUGCUCAUUGGGCGGAGAUCAACGGUGGAGAAACUGGGACUUCCUGUUUUUGGGGUGCUGAGGGCGAGUGCUGUGGUGGGUGUUCCACCGGACGUAAUGGGCAUCGGCCCAGCCUAUGCUAUCCCAGAAGCCCUCCACCAGGCUGGGCUAACUGUGGAUGAUAUUGAUGUGUUUGAGAUCAACGAAGCAUUUGCCAGUCAGGCUGUGUAUUGUGUGGAAAAGCUGGGCAUUCCUAUGGAGAAAGUGAAUCCUAAUGGAGGGGCCAUUGCUCUGGGUCAUCCACUGGGCUGCACUGGUGCUCGACAGGUCGUGACUUUGCUCAAUGAGCUCAAACGCAGACGCAAGAGAGGGUAUGGCGUGGUGUCCAUGUGCAUUGGGACUGGAAUGGGAGCGGCUGCAGUUUUCGAGUACCCUGGACCGUGAUGAAAGCCCUAGAGCAAAAUCCCAAGAUGCAAUGACACGCAGAGAAACUAACAGUCACCAAUUACUUUUAAUCAAGCUGCUAGAACACUAACUAUAGAGCGCAAGCAGAAAGAGAGAGCACACUUCUUAUGUAGUGUGCUUCAGUGGGUGUUUGCCUUACUCUUGAGGAUGUUAAUGAUAACAUUCAGAUCUCUCUUUAAAGUGCCUUGCAUUUCAACUGUGAUAACAGAUCAUGAAAAUAGACAUGCCAUUAUCUGUAAGAUCUAUCAGAAUAACAACUUAUAUCUCUUGAUUUGUGCCAUUAAUUUGAUGGUCUUUUCUUCUGAUAUGGAUACAGAAAUAUGUUUUUUUUAUAAUCUGUGUUGAGGACCAGUGUAAUUCAUAAAGAUUUGUAAUGCAUCUCAUUUAUUUGAAUAAAAAUGAUUUGUUAUGUAUAAA